AUGGCAACGGGCCAUGUUCCCCCUUCCUCUAAAGCCUUCCCCGACCAUAUAAGGAGAGCCAGCUGCUGGGGGCGUCCCCAGGGUCUAAAGAUAGCAGUCCCUGGCUCAGAGUCCAAGCGCCACUGGGUAGCGGGGAGCCGCCAUGGCAAGUCUUCCCUCUCCCACUCCUAUGAAGCCCCACCGCAACUCCUCUGCAGGCAGCAUGCCCGGACGCUGUGGUACGACAGGCCCAAGUACGUGUUCGUGGAGUUUUGUGUUGAGGACAGCACCGAUGUCCAUGUGCUCAUCGAAGACCACCGUAUUGUGUUCAGCUGCAAGAAUGCCGACGGAGUGGAGUUGUACAAUGAGAUUGAAUUCUAUGCUAAGGUGAACUCCAAGGACUCCCAGGAUAAGCGCUCUGGUCGCUCCAUUACUUGCUUUGUGAGGAAAUGGAAGGAGAAGGUGGCCUGGCCCCGACUCACCAAGGAGGAUAUCAGGCCAGUGUGGUUGUCCGUGGACUUUGAUAACUGGAGGGACUGGGAAGGGGAUGAAGAGGUGGAGCUGGCUCAGGUGGAGCAUUAUGCAGAGCUUUUGAAGAAGGUCAGCACCAAGAGACCUCCCCCUGGCAUGGAUGACCUGGAUGAUGAUUCUGAUAGUGCUGAUGCAACAAGUAAUUAACUUCUCUGCGGCAGAGCUGGGAAGGAAGCUUGGGGUGCCUUCCUUCUUUAAAAAAUUUGA